AUGUUUAACAAACAACAGAAGAAAUCAACUGCAAUCAUCUUGAAUCAAAUCAGUUCUUGGAAAGUUCGUCCUAUUUACGGUUUUGAAAAACAACUAUUUCCAAAUCUUCUAACAUCUUUCAAUGAUAGUAUUAUACCUCUCAAAUAUAAACGAACAGUUAAGAUUGAUCCAGCACGAUUUAUCUAUCCACGCGAUGCAAUGGGUAAUAUGCUUGUACCAUUAUCUAAUCGAAAUACUUUUAUACCAUUUUAUUUACCUAAAUAUGAUUCUAUUAAAACUCGUUCACCAGUAUGGACUAUCAAAAAUGUUCAGCAUUCUAAAGCAAUUAUUCGUCAUAUUGGUCCAAUGACAUACGAUAGUGUAAAUGAUAAAUCACAAUUAUCAUGUCAGACUGGUUGGACACAAAUAGGGCGACGAGCAUUAAAUAUCCACUCAGGAUUUACAGUACCAUUUUAUGAUACAAGAAAAUAUAAACAAGUUGGCGAUUCAUAUUCCGUAUGUUUUAUUCUUAUCUACAUAUUUUAUAUAUUACGUCUCCAUCGAUUCAAUCGGGCCGUCAUGAAACUCGAAAUCUGCAAUUAUAGUGGAUAUAAAAUAUAUCCUGGUCAUGGUAAACGUGCCGUCAAAACUGAUGGCAAAAUACACAUUUACUUGAGUUCCAAAUGUCAACGAGCAGCUGAUAUGCGACGAAAUCCUCGUCGUGUUACAUGGACUGUUUAUUAUCGACGAAAACAUCGAAAAGGUGCAGCUGAACAAGAAGUUAAAAAACGUACACGUCGUAAUAUUAAAUUUCAACGUGCUAUUACUGGUGUAACAUGGAAUGAAAUUCUUGCUAAACGUAAUCAACAACCAGAAUUUCGUAAAGCUCAACGACAAGAUGCUAUCAAUGCUGCCAAACAAGCUAAAAAGGUUAAAGCUCAACAGAAAAAAGUUGCACAACCAUCUGGUCUUAAAUCUGCUAAACCAGCAAAAAAACCAGAAAAAAUUCAAAAGAAUGUACCAAAAGCUGGCCCAAAAAAAGGCACUCAACGUUAA